AUGAAAGCCUUCCGUUUCCUCGGCCCCAACAAGGGCCUUGCCCUCCAAGAUGUCCCCAUCCCAUCUCCGGGCCCCGAACAGGCCCUCAUCCGCGUCAAAGCCGCCGGGCUCUGCCACUCCGACACCCACGUCCUCCACGGCGGCGGCGCAGCGUGGAUGUGCGCGCUGCCCGUGACUUUGGGUCAUGAGGUUUCUGGCAUCAUUACUGAGCUAGGCGACUCUUCAACCACAUCAUUCAAAGUCGGUGACAGGGUAGCUGUUGCCUGUGUAGGCCAUCCAAUCCAAGAAAGAAAUUUCCACGAAGCUCUAGGUGUCGGCUGCGACGGUGGAUACGCCGAAUAUGCUGUCGCUCCCAUCAAGAAUCUUGUCAAGAUUCCAGAUCAAGUGGGGUUUGCCGAGGCUGCUGUGGCUACGGAUUCCGUUGCUACUGCCUACCACGCCGUCGUCGCGGAGGGUCGAGUAUCUGCAUCGCACACGGUUGCUGUCAUUGGCCUAGGCGGUUUGGGGUUGAACGGACUGGCGAUUGCGGCACACCGUGGUGCUAGAGUCUUUGGCGUCGACAUCAACACGAACAAGUUUGAACAGGCCAAGGGAUUCGGUGCUGUCGACUGUGCCACAGACUUGAGCACGUUCUCAGGCGAAAUAUUCGAUGUUAUCUUGGACUUUGCAGGAGCGCAGAAGACGGUUGAGACUGCGAUAUCCUCGAAUGUCUCGCUCAAGGGCUCGACGAGCGCUAGCAUUCAAGAGUUUACAGAAGUUUUGGACUUGAUCGCAUCAGGGUCGAUAAAACCGUUCAUGAAAGAGAUUGUAUUCGAGGAUGUCGGAAAGGGGCUUGAGCUAUUGGGGUUGAUGGGCGGCGUUAACACUGCACGGAACUAUGCUGAGUUAAUGGGAUUUGGUCACUGGGACGAGCAGCAAAAGAUUGUUGUUGUUGAUAAGCCAUUGUUGCAGGGCGGGAUCGUUGCCGUUUACUACCUUCCCGGAACGCUCGUGGGAUGCCUAAUUGGAGGCUGGUUCGGUGAUAGAUAUGGCCGCCUCAAGACUAUUGCCGUAGCAUGCAUCUGGUCUAUCUGCACUGCGGCUCUUCAAACCGCUGCCCAAAAUGCGGAUUGGAUGUUUUGUGCACGAGUCUUGAAUGGUAUCGGCACCGGCAUGUUGAACGCCAUCACUCCAGUCUGGGCAACAGAAGUAGCUUCUCAUACAUCCAGAGGCAAGUUUGUUGCCAUAGAAUUCACUCUCAACAUCUUUGGUGUUGUUGUUGCAUAUUGGCUACAAUUCGGCACGUCCAAGUACAAGGACCCCAAUUCAUCCUUCAUCUGGAGAUUCCCCAUCGCCUUCCAGAUAAUCCCUCUCAUCGCUCUGUUCAUCAUGAUUUGGUUCAUGCCAGAGUCUCCACGGUGGCUCGUGAAAGUAGGUCGAGAAGAGGAGGCUAGAUUCAUCUUGGGCAGACUCCGCGGAAACGAAGGUGAAGAUGCAAAGGCCGCAGAAGCAGAGCUGCAGGAGAUCAUCAGCAUUAGAAACCUGGAACACGACACCGCCAAACAGCAGAGUUACUUUGCCAUGUUUUUCGGGAUAGGCUCAGGCAAACUGCACACCGGUCGCCGUGUUCAACUUGUCAUCUGGCUUCAAAUUCUGCAAGAGUGGGUGGGAAUUGCGGGAAUCACGAUCUACGGUCCCACGAUCUUCACGAUUGCCGGCAUCAGCUCCGCGCAGCGUCUUUGGGUCAGUGGUGUGAACAACAUCACCUACAUGUUUGCAACCUUGAUAUGCGUGUUUACUAUAGACCGUAUCGGACGACGUUGGACCCUGUAUUGGGGUGCUGUAGCCCAAGGCAUCUGCAUGUUUUGUGCCGGAGGCUUGGCAAGAGCAACUCUUAACGCUAAUCCUGGCAACCGUUCUGGACUGGGUGGUGCCGCAACCUUCUUCGUAUUCUUGUACACCGCGGUCUUCGGUGCAACUUGGUUGACGGUCCCCUGGCUAUAUCCCGCAGAGAUCUUCCCUCUCCAAGUGCGUGCCAAGGGCAAUGCAUGGGGUGUUGUUGGAUGGUCGAUAGGAAACGGAUGGACGGUGCUUCUUCUCCCUACAAUCUUUGAGAAGCUCAACGAAAAGACACUGUAUCUUUUCGGUGCGGUCAACUUCGUAUCCCUCGUUGUUGUCUGGGCACUUUAUCCCGAAUCGAAUCAACGCACUUUGGAAGAAAUGGAUCUCGUCUUUGCCAGUGACAGUAUCUGGGCAUGGGAGGCUGAAAAAGAGUUUGCUAAGCUCAAGGCCGAGAAUCCUUCUCUUGUUCACUCAGCACACAUGGGUCAUGGCGUUGUCGACGCUGAGACGGGUGUGACUCCAAGUAAGGUAGACAAUACUCAUAAAGAGUAG